GCGCCGCGUCCCUCGGUUGGCAGAGGCGGCGGCUGCCCGGAGCGGGCCCGGCUCGGCGGCGCGGCGGCUGCCCGGAGCGCGGCGUGCGGAGCCUCCUGGGGUCGGCGGCAGAGGGCGGCGAGACCGCGGAGGUCUCCGGACGAUCGGCGCCAUGCUUAACAUGUGGAAAGUGCGGGAGCUGGUGGACAAGGCCACCAAUGUGGUUAUGAAUUAUUCAGAAAUAGAGUCUAAGGUUCGAGAAGCAACCAAUGAUGAUCCAUGGGGACCUUCAGGGCAACUCAUGGGAGAGAUUGCCAAGGCAACAUUUAUGUAUGAACAGUUUCCAGAACUUAUGAACAUGCUUUGGACUCGCAUGCUGAAAGACAAUAAAAAGAACUGGAGGAGAGUUUAUAAGUCUUUGCUGCUCCUAGCUUACCUCAUAAGGAACGGAUCAGAGCGUGUUGUUACAAGUGCCAGAGAACACAUUUAUGAUUUGCGAUCCCUGGAAAAUUACCACUUUGUAGAUGAAAAUGGCAAGGACCAGGGCAUAAAUAUACGCCAGAAGGUGAAAGAAAUGGUUGAAUUUGCACAAGAUGAUGAUCGACUUCGGGAAGAAAGGAAGAAAGCAAAGAAGAACAAAGACAAAUACAUUGGUGUUUCUUCGGACAGUGUAGGAGGGUUUCGAUAUAGUGAAAGAUAUGAUCCUGAGCCCAAGUCAAAAUGGGAUGAAGACUGGGAUAAAAAAUCUUCUUUUCCGUUCAGUGAUAAGUUGGGUGAGCUAAGUGACAAAAUCGGAAGCACAAUCGAUGACACCAUCAGCAAAUUUCGAAGGAAAGACAGAGAGGACUCUCCAGAAAGAUGCAGUGACAGCGAUGAGGAAAAAUCAAGAAGAAGUAAAUCUCCCAAAGCUGAAUUUAAGAAUGAAGAGGAGACUGUGACAACCAAACAUAUUCAUAUUACACAGGCUACAGAAAUUAUCACCAGCAGACACAAACGUUCAGCAAAUCCUUCAAAAACCAUUGACUUAGGAGCAGCAGCGCAUUAUACGGGUGAUAAAGCAAGCCCAGAACAGAAUGCUGCAUCUCAUGCUGGGCAACCUACAGCAAAGGCUUUUGUAUCUGGCAGCAAAUCAUCAAAUGACCUGGUUGAUCUGUUGUUUGAUGGAGCGAGCCAGCCAGUCGCAACAGAUGCAUCAACUGACCCAUUUGGAGGAUUUGCUGAUUUUAGUUCAGCUGCUGCUUCAGCAAGUUUCCCAUCAUCGCAAGGUACAACAACAAGUGGAAAUGGAGACUUUGGUGACUGGAGUGCCUUCAACCAAGCUUCUCCUUGUCCCAGUGCUUCAUCUGGUGAGCUCUUCAGCAGUGCAGCACAGCAGCCAGCUAUGGAGCUCUUCAGUGUCUCACAGCCAGCUUCUGGCCAGCCUCCAGCUGCUUCAAAUUCUACAGAUCUUUUUGAUUUGAUGGGACCCUCUCAGACAACCAUGACCUCUUCACAAAGUAUGAAUUUCUCUAUGAUGAGCUCCAAUGCUGUGGGCGUCGGUUUACCCAUGUCGAGGUCACAGCCCCUGCAGAGUGUGAACACUAUGAUGCCGAAGCCUAAUUCUCUUUAUAAUGCAAGCACAGAGGUGGUACCGAAGAGUGCAAGCAAAACUCUACCUUCAACUUGGUCAGAUCCCAGUGUAAAUAUCAGUUUGGACAAUUUAGUACCUGGGAUGCAGCCUUCCAAACCCCAGCAGCCAUCACUUAAUACCAUGAUGCAGCAACAAAAUAUGCAACAGCCUAUGAAUGUCAUGACUCAAAACUUUGCAGCUGUGAACCUCAAUCCUCAACCUAACAUGAUGCCUGUUCGACCCCAGACAAGCCCAGUGAUGGGAGGCUCCAUUCCUGUGGGCAUGGGAAUGUCCAGUGUGAUGCCAGGUACGAUGGGGAUGACUUCCAUGGGACCCAUGCCUAUGUUGAACCAGGGAACGAUGGGAAUGAACAUGAACAUGGGAGUGCCAGCUACAGGAAUGGGUUUGAUGGGCACAAUAGGAAUGGGAAUAACCAAUAUCUCUAUGACCUCUAUGACUCCUGGGACUGUACAACCCAAGCAAGAUGCCUUUGCAAAUUUUGCCAAUUUUAGCAAAUAAAGAUUGUAAAAAUAAAUAAAAAUAAAUGAGCAGUCUGAAUGAAGGAUUUUUAGCUGUACAAAUAUAGCUGGGAAGGGAUGGAAAACACAGAUCAAUACAUCUUUUUUUUUCUUU